AUGAAUGUAACUCUAUUGAAUGAUCGUUCUGAAGAUUACAUACAAAAGCGAUCUAUAUUUUUUGAUCCAAAAUGGAUGCCACAAUUACGUUUCAUUUUGGGUUCUGAAUUUGAUAAAUUAUCUCUUGGUAAUAAAAAGAGAAAGAGAUCAUUGGGAAGAAUUCCUGCUGAAGAUGAUAUGAUUGUUAAAAUAAAAAAUAUGGGAAAUGUUUUGAAGGAACGGUUAAAAAAUUUAUCAAAUUAUAUAAUUGAAAAAGAAGAAAAUCACAUAGAAAAAUCAUUUUUGAAUUUGAUCUAUAAUACAGCACUUUUGGACAUAAAUACAAAAUAUGAAAAGCCUUUGGCCAUCCUAGGUGCUCCAGUGAAUCGUCCUCAAUCCUUUGAUUAUAGUCAUUUAAAGCAAAUAUUAACAGAUUAUGAAGGCAUGACAAUUUUCGAAUCAGAUAAGAUCAUAGGAAUUCCUUUUGAUCUGAUUUUCUGUGAUUUUACUAAACUGAUUAAAUAUGGUGCUGUUAUUCUCAAUAAAAAACAUAACGAAAAACUUUUCAAAAAUAAUAAUCAAAAAAUGUCUUAUAAGCUGGAUUCAUUGGAUGUCCAUUUAAACAAUUUAAAUCAAUUGACUAAAAAAGCAUUUUUCCUUACUCAAAAUAUUAGAAAUCGUUAUUUUUAUUUGGUUCAGUUGAUUUACUAUGGGAUGGAUGAAGUAAAUGAUAAUUCUCAAAUUCCUUUGACUAAAACAGGCAAAGUUUAUAAGAUAACAUCAGAAGGAAGAAUUUGGUAUGAUGACCACCCAAAUGAAAAUAUUUCUGUCAAAAUAUAUGAGACAGAGACGACAAUACAACUUGAUUCAGAAACACCUAUGGCAAUUGUUGAAUUAAUUGAAGAAGUUAAUAAUGAAAGGGAAAAAUUGGAAGAGAUGAGUGAUAAGGAAUUUAAGCAAAGAUGGCAUGAAGCAAUUAUUGAAGAAGUAAAUUAUGAACAUAAAAAUAAAGUUAAUGAAGAGUUAAGACGAAUAAAAAGAAGAUACGGAGGAGGUAUCGGAAUAGAAUAUGAAAACAAUGAAAAUAUGCGUAAUGAAUUAGAGGAGACACAAAACAAACAGAAACAAUUAUUGAAUGAAAAGAUUGAGAAUAUAAAAAUAAAAAAUGAUAAAUUAUUUGAAAAAGGGCUGUUAAACAUUAAAGAAGAACAUGAAAAGAUGUUGGAAAAAUAUGAUGAUUUUAUUGUUGAAUUAAAAGAAAGAUGGUUUGAAGUAAUUUUUUAUCAUGUACUUGAAUGUAUAAAUGGGGACAAAAAGAAGGUGAUAAUUAAAUUAAGUAAAGAAAAAGAAAAGGGAGAAGCAAGUAGUAGCAAUAAUAUACAAAUAAUAAAGGAUAAACAAGAAGAACAAAUUCUUUAUUUUGAAAAAAACAAUUUAUUUACAAAAUUAUUUUUGUUAAAAAGUUAUGGAAAAGAAAAUGCAAUAAAAUUAUUUAAAAGAAAAAAAGAUACGGCAAUUUUUGUGAAUAUAAACGAUGAAGAUAUGAGUGGAGGCAAGUUUUCGGGGAUAAAAAUGAGAAAAAUAACUUAA